UCGGGAACUAACUUGACAAAUACCAGGCGAAGAAGACGAGCAGAACUUUAAAUCGGCGUGCGUGAGAUUUGAGAAUGCUAGGUUUCGAAGGCUCGGCUCAAUUUUGUGGGUGUAAGGGGAUCCGUUCGUGCUUGAUAUGCGAGCAGUUUGGCAGCAAAGUGUCCAAGGCGGCUGAGCAGGAGCAAAAGGUCAUCUUCAAUUAUGACUCUGCAACAGGUUUUGCUGUUCACAAAGCUGAUACUGGUCAAGAGGCUUUGUCAUUUUCAUUUCCUGGUAUCAUCCUGUUAAAGGACUUUGUAAGUGAAGAGGAGGAAAUGGAGUUGGUGAGACUAAUGGAUUUAAGCGAUUGGAAGAAAUCACAAUCUGGGCGAUUUAAGCAGGACUAUGGGCCCAAAGUGAACUUCAAAAAGCAGAAAGUCAAGGUGGGGAGUUUCAGUGGGCUUCCUAGCUUCAGCCAGAAUGUCAUAGAGAGAAUGAAAAAGUGGCCAAUUUUAUGUGGUUUUCAGCCUGUUGAACAGUGUAAUUUGGAUUAUCAUCCCAGCCGGGGUUCUGCUAUUGACCCUCACUUUGAUGACAACUGGUUGUGGGGUGAGCGACUUGUCAGCCUAAAUCUGUUAUCUCCUACAACACUUUCUAUGAGUAGUGAUUUUGAUGACCUCAUUUCCGUCUCUGUGGGACAUAUGAGUGAUGAACAUCAAACAGUUCAGAACCUUCCCGCUAGCAAAAUAAAAGUGAGGAUUCAUCUUCCUCAAAGAUCACUGGUUGUUGUAUAUGGAGAUGCUAGGUUUAAAUGGAUGCAUGCUAUUCAGAGACAAGACAUACUCCAGCGUCGCAUCUGUAUCACCUUCAGGGAGUUGUCGCCAGAUUUUCUCCAAGGAGGAGUACAUGAAAGUCUUGGUUCUCAAUUACUGGAUAUUGCCCAUGGAUUUCAGGGGAUGCCACUGUAAAAGAUGCAUUUUAAGAAUUUACUUGCAAAAGGAAGUGUCUUGGAGACUGAAUUUGUUGGCAUUAUUUCCUGAGCAGAUGUAUGCUGGGUACAUUCAUGAAUAAGUAUGCCUUUUAAUUAAAAGGCCAUGUAAUCAAAACUUAUUUUGAAAAUUGGCCCGAGGAAACCUUCACCUUCAAGGUUAACCAUCAUUAUGGUCAGUUUUCAAAAAGAUGGACUCCACAUAGCCAAAUUCAUUUUAUUUUUUUAUUAGGUGGUAGUUUUAAAAAAAUUUUUUUUUUUGAAAAUGCAACUAGUGUAUUUUACUUUACAGUAAAGACUUUUUUACAAUGAAGCAAACUCCUAAAGAUGACGUUUUGCUUUAAUUUUUAAAAUUUCUAAUAAUUGAGGGUUAAUGAAUACUUGAAUGGAGUGUGUGUGUGUGUGUGUGUGUGUUGGGUGUACAGAAAUCAAGUAAGCAUGAAAAUGUUUAGUGUAGGAAUAGGGCUGGGCGAUUAAUCAAAAAGUAAUCGAAAUCGACAUUCAGAACCUAUAAUCGAUCAAAUUUUUCCAGGUUGAUUAUUUCGAUUACUUUCCCUUUAAAACCACUACCGCGUGUGGAGUCACGUGACCCCGCUCCGUUACGUUAUUCCGCCGACAUGUCGAGCAUGGAGAGCUUAAAACACUGACACAACUGAGCAACAAGAGCAGCUUGUACCAAAGAAAAACAGUCUCCGUCAUUUGGACACAUUUUGGCUUCAGUAAGGAUGACAUCGAACAAAAUGAAGUCAGAUGUAGACACUGUAGAAAAACAGUUUCGACGCCCAAAGGUAACACCACCAAUUUGUUUCAACACUUGAAGCACAAUCACGCUACUGAAUAUAAACAGUGCAUGGCUCAAAAAAAGCAAAAAGAGACUGACAAGCGCCCAGCAACAAGUGCCUCCGCAAAGCAGAUGUCGAUAACACAAGCGUUCACAAAUACCACACAGUAUGAGAAGAGUUCAAGAAGAUGGAAAGAAAUAACUGACGCUAUUUGUUAUUACAUCGCAAAGGAUAUGACUCCCUUGGCUACAG